AUGAAAGUUAAAUCAGAAUUUGUAGUAAGAAUCCUGAAGAUAUUUGGUGAAUUAUUAUCAAUAUGGCCAUAUUUUGGAUCAAAGUUGGUUGUGAAGAUUAUUCAAGAAGUUAGGUGGCUUUUUUCAACACUUAAUUUGAUUUUAAUAGUCACACCGAUCGCGUUUGGAGUAUAUCAAGAUGUUUACAAAAAUAAACCCUUGAAUGUACUUCAACGUUCAAUGUCAAUGGUAAUGCACUUGGAAUCUUUGAUGAAUUGUUUUUUGUGGAAGUGGAAAGACCGUAAACUAAAGAAAUUGUUACUGGAGAUGUGUGAUUACGUUAAAUCUACUAAAGGCAGAGAUAAAAAUAUAUUUGACAGAUUGACACAUCAAUGUUCACUAUUGUAUACUCUUAUAGCGGUGGUCUGUACUAUGACAAGUAUAUCUUUUAUAUGCAGCCCAAUUUUUAUGUCUCAAAAACUAUUGCCAUCUUCUGCUCACUAUCCGUUUAAAAUUGAACCGCAUACAGUUAGACACUAUUUUUUGUAUACCCAACAAGCUAUAGCUAUUUUGCAAACUGGGCUACAUCAUACUAUCCCUCCAAUAACUAUUGCAGUGUUGUUAACUUAUGUAAUAGCCAAAUUAAAAGUACUAGCCCUUAAAUUGAAAACUAUCAAAACGAUUGACGAACUCGGUGAUUGGAUUCAACGUCAUCAAGAAUGUAUCAAAUAUUUCACGCUGCUUGAAAAAACAAUUCGAUUUGUUAUUUUGAAAAGUUUUAUUUUUAUAACAACAACAGUAAUUUUUGCAGGAGUUUUAGCGAUACAUAGUUCAGGAAUUAAUGAAAUAAUUAGACUUGUAUUUUCUGUCGCUACUGGUUUCAUCGCACUCUAUGUUUACGUUUCAGCAGCAGAUGAUUUACAUGAAUUGGUAAGUUCAAUGCGUAAAUCAAUAAUUAUAUUAAUUCGUCGAACACAAAAGCCUCUUGCUAUUUCUGUGAAAGGGAUUAUUCCUGCUCUUACAAGAAUUUUCUACGCUUCGGUAAGAUCAAGAUCGACAGAUUUUAAUUA